GCAUAGCCUCGGUCUCCUUCCCCAUCUCAGAUCGAUCUCGGGGCCUCGACGGCAGGACUGAACCCCGCACAUGUCUCGUCUCCGCUCUCCGGCCGCCGCCAUGGUCCAAUCCCCACUCCAAACCCUCCCCUUCCUCCUCCUCCUCCUGCUACCCCUCCUCCUCCUCUCGCUUGCCCCCGCCGCCGCCGGGGCCGCGUUCGCCGGCCUCGACGCCUUCCUCUUGGCGGCGGCCGCGCGCGACCCCUCGGCCAGCAACGACACUUUCGGCUCUCUCCCCGCCAGCCUGCGCCGCGCGCUCGCCGCCCCGUCCCCGAUCCUCCCGUCGCGCCUCCUCUCCCUUUCCGCCAACGUCCCCGUCAACGUCCGCCUCGGCGGCUCCUCCUUCCCGGCCUCCUCCGCGCGCAUCCUCCCUUCGCUCAUCUCGUCCGCCGUCUCCUCUUCCCACUUCCUCUCCAGCCGCAGCCCGCACCGCCUUGCGCUGUCCCACAACAUCCAUCUCGACGUCGCGGCCCCCGCUGCGUCGUCCGAGCUCGCAACCCGUGCCGGGACCGCCGUCCGCGCCCACCUCGAUGCCUCGCCCGCGCCCUUCCACUCCAGCGCCCUCUCCUCCGUGCCCUACUCGGUUGUCGACGACCUCGUCGCUGAAGAUUACCGACGGCUCGCCGGCUCGGCUUCCGCCCCAGCCGUCUACAUCUACUUGCUCGACCUCGGCAAGCAGCCGCGUCCCUACGCCUACACCGCGGCUUCCUCCUCCGCUGAUGCCCAGUCGCCUGGGUUCUCCCGCUGCCUCGCGCCUGUCUGGGCUGGCAAGGAGCGCUACAUUUGGAUCGACUUGGGUGCAGGGCCGGUUGACUACGGCCCGGCGCUCUCCGGCGAUGGCGUUCUCCCUCGUGGUGAGUUUCAUCCUCUGGCCGCUCUCCAUGGCCGGCCCAAGUCAGAGAAAGCACUCCUCGCGGAUCUCGCCUCACUGGUUCUCAGUGCUUACAAGUCUUUGCUAGUUCCUUCGCUCAGAAUCCCAGUGCAUUAUGAGAGUUCAUUGCUUAUUCGGUUUGUUCACAUCCAUGGUGACGAGAAAGAUCCUGCUGGACUCGAUUGGGGUUUAAUUGAACAGUCCAUUCAGGAUGGAGAUCUGCUCUAUGAUGGCCAGAGCUUGAAGUUUGAUAGGCACAGUGUCAAGUACUCUGAGUGCCCAAUUUGCUCAUUUACAAUUGCCCGCUCAACGCACUCAUUUACAUCCAGGUUCUUGUUUGACAAUUACACGCUGAUAGUGAGUGAGUACUUGGACUCCAAGCGAAUGAGGCAGGUGUUGUCGGACUCAUCCGAGGAGAUGCACCGUGUGGCUGGGGUUCAUGAUGAUGGUGACUAUGACAAGGUUGUGCCAGUUUAUGUGUUUGAUCUGGACUAUGAUAAGCUUCUGAUGCUAGAUAGGUACCACCAAGCUGUUGCUUUCCGUGAUAUGGUGGUUGCUGUGAGGACAAGGAGCUCGCAGACGGUCAGUGACUACAGCUGUAAUGGGCGACAUGUGAUUACAAUGACUAGGAAUCUUGAGCGUCCAAUCAUCAGCUCAGUUCUGCAGACCAUGUUUGGUGUGUCACCGACACACCAGUCAUGGAGCCCUGAGCACAAUGCCACGGUCGUGGAUUACACUUGGAGCACCGGACAUACACCAUUUGGGCCAUUCUCAGAGACCAAAUCACUGUCUUUUGUGCAGAAAGAUGCAGCCCGUAGGAAUGUUCUUCUUACCACCCUGAACUACACAAUCACUAGUACGAUCGAUGUUUUGGAAUCAAUGGCUGCCCAUGGAGGGGAGAAUAUACUCCUUAGAAAGAAAAGGCAUGUUGAGUUUAUUCAAAGGUGGAAUCUGCUCACUUACAAGUUGGAGAAGGUGGUGUCAGCCAUGUCCCGUUUGGAUUACAAGAAGGCAAUGUAUUUUCUGAGAUCUUCAGACCAUGAUAUGUAUGCCGUUUACAUGUUGGUGUAUCAGGCUUCUCAGGAGCUGGAGGCCUCACUUAUCUGCUUCAAAGAUACACCGUUCCCGUGGUUACCAGUUUCCAUGUCUGGAGUUUUCGUUUUUGGUUUCUUUUAUGUGUAUUCUAAGAGGGAUAAAUUGUUUAGAAGCAAAAGGAAGCAGUUCUGAGUUCUGACAGCAGUUUCGUUGGUGGAUCCUGUUUGAAAGUUUUGUCCUGAUGAUAUUAUAGUCGACAUCUGUCAGGAAUCAGGAACUUGCAUCCUUGCAUGGAGCUGUGACAUGACACUGGGAAUGGCUGCAUCUUGUUUCAACAAGAUGAAUUCACUGAUAAGAGGUGUUCUAGAUUAUUUGGGGGAAGUGACACUUCCACAAGUCUUAAUAGGACGACUUCUGCAGAGGGUGGGUGCCUGAUGCAGGUUCAAGAUUCCUAGGCUCCUAGCUAGGUGAACCCUCGUGAGGAUGCUUAAUAUCUUGGAGGAUGUCCGACGAAUGCUUGUCCAGUGCCUGUUGAAGUGUGCGUGCAGCCGUGCACUACAUAAACCCCAGGAACCAGCUGGAGGUGCUUAAUAUCUUGGAGGGUGUUUAGGAUCUUCCAUGGUCUGUCUUGGACGUGAGUGCCCGGGUUUGUCGCUGGGAGUAUUCUUAGGAUCUUUGGAACCAGAUGGGUGGUUAAGUCCGGCUUAGGCUUGUAAAUUGAAGGUUGAAAUGUGGUACAUGAACCAUGAGGAUCUUGAAGGGGGCGCCUUGAAGGCUUGUCUGUUACAUGUUUA